AUGGCAGUUACUUGCAUUGGUCAAGUGAGAGUAAAGACCAAGAAACAAGGCAAUAAACUGAGAACAAGAUCAGAGAAGAGAGGGGAGAUAAGUUUUAGAAGAGUAGACCAAAACAGCAACGCUUUUGAAGGGAACAAUAAUCAUCAAGAUUUGAUUAACAAUCAGUUCUUGAAUCAGCAGCAGCAACAAGAGGAUUUGUCACCCAGGAAUCCAAGAUGGGUGCAUUUACCUGUGACUAUAUGUGAAGCUUUAAGAACUUUUGGAGCUGAGUUUAAUUGCUUUUUACCUUGCCGGUCUUCAUGCACGGCAAGUGAAAAAGAGAAAGAAGAGAAGGCAGCGGCAGCAGGAUCUAAUAACAAUGGCAGUAGCUCGUGUGGGGCGGUGUUUGCUAGGUGGUUGGUGGCAGUGCAAGAUGAAGGGGGGAAAGGGAGGGAGAUAGAGUUGAUGGAUGGAGAAGAAGUCGAAGAGGAAAGAGAUGAGAGGAGGAGGAGCUAUAGGAGACAUGUCUACGAAGAGAUUGAAUUUAAAGAUGAGAAAUUUGGAGGAAAUGAGGGUUUGCAAGAAGAGGAAGAAGCAAGGGUAAAUAUUUGUAUACCACCAAAGAAUGCUUUGUUGUUGAUGAGGUGUAGAUCUGAUCCUGUUAAAAUGGCUGCUCUAGCUAAUAAGUUUUGGGAAGCACCUGCUCCACAAGUUGAAGAAGAUGAGCAAGAAGAUAAUGAAAAGGAUAGAAAUUUGGGAGUAGAAGAAGAAAAGCGUAUCAAUGUAGGAGAUAAAAGAGAAGUUGGGCCAGGUCAUGAAGGGGAAGAGCAGAUAAAAGUUGCGCAAGCUAUUAGGGAGCACAAGGAGGAUUUGUUUGUGGCUGAAAAUCUGGUCUCUUUCGAAACUGUUGAAGAGCAGCAUAUUAAAGAAGCUGGAGGAGGUUUGGCUCUUUUGGAAGGCGAAGGUGGAGCAGAUAGCCAACAAGUCAGAAGCACAGGCGAGAACAUUGAUGGGGUUCUACAAGAAGGGAAUCUGGUGAAGCAAGAAGAGGAACCAGAAAUUCAUGAGGUCAUGAGCUUGCAGCCAACAGCCACAACACAAGAAACUGUUAGUUUAUGCAGUGAUCAGUCUUCACACGAUCAAGAAAUUGUAGAUCCAGAGGCCUUGAUAAAUCACGAAAAUGAAAACAAGAUGGUUCAAGAGAAUGAGGAUAAUCAAGAAGGCAGAACACUCAAAGCAGAACAAGAACAUGUAGUAGACUUCAGUGAUGACAUUGAGGAGAAUUCAGUGUCUGCACAGUUUGAACAAGAAAGCUUAGAGGUUGCUGUCAAAGACUUGCAGGACCAAGAACCAGAGCCACGUUCUGUUGCUGAAUUUCAAGUACAAGAGUCAAAGGAAGAGAAAGAGACCGAGCAAGAGGAGGAAGAACAGACAGUGACCCAUGAAAGAUCCGAACCCGAAGACCGAAAAACCCAGGAAGCUGGUCAAACGGGUACGGGUGUGAAGUCAAAGGAAAGAGAUAGUAGUCAGCCACUGUUACCAGAUUGCCUGCUGUCAAUGAUGUGUGAGCCCAAGCUGUCAAUGGAGGUAUCCAAAGAAACUUGGGUUUGCACUACGGAUUUCAUCAGAUGGCUACCAGAGCAUUCAAGGCCAGUCAAUAAAUCGGACGGUAAAGAUGAGCCCAAGAAAAGAGCUAGCAUCGACAGUAAUCCUGCGCAGGUGCAUAAUAGUAACAGCAUCAACAACGACAACAACCUGCAGCAGCCGGCUAGGUCUUCUUGUUCAUAUCCGGGUAAGCCGCCGGCUCAUGGAGCCGGGACAGAGUCCAUGUCCACAAUGAUAGAGCAGAAGCUGGUGGGAGCCAUGGCAUACGAUCCAUUUGUUCUGACGCGCUGCAAGUCUGAACCAAUGAGGUCAGCUUCCAAGCUUGCCCCGGAGGCUUGUUUCUGGAUGAAUAGGAAGCUCGAGCCUCAUGGAGCAGCGGCUACGCUUGGGGUCGGCGCGGCUGGUGUUGGGUUCUAA